GUUAAAAGGCGAAAACCAGUCAGGCUUGUGGUAAUCAAAGAGCUAACGAGGCACGUUAAGUUUAAUAAUAAAAAAAUAUUAUUAAUAGUUAAACGAAAAAUGGCAUUUUUCAUAAUAAAAAUGUGUCUCUUAGUGUCGGUAUGGGAAACCAGUGUCGCACAAAAAAAUGCUUUCGUAGAACACCAGUUGGUACCGGACAUCCUGACAAAAGCUCCCGAUCAAAUUCUCUCGGUAAAAUAUCCAAAAAGUGGUAAAACCGUCAACUUAGGGGUAGAAAUCACCCCAUUAGAGUCAAAACCUCAGCCAGAAAUUAGUUACGAGGCAAACCAGGGGGACUAUUACACAUUGGUGCUUACCGAUCCUGACGCACCCAGCAGAGCUGAACCUCUGAGAAGGGAAUUCAGGCAUUGGCUGGUGGUAAACAUUCCUGGGAAUGAUAUAUCCAAAGGACAAGUACUGACCGAAUACGUGGGGUCUGGAGCUCCAAAAGGUACCGGUCUACACAGGUACGUCUUCUUGCUCUACAAACAACCGAAUCGGCUUGAAUUCGAGGAAAAACUUGUUACUGACAAGGAGAUCGGAGACAGACCGAAAUGGUCGGUGCAGAAGUUCGCCGACAAGUACAAUCUAGAAAUGGUAGCAGGAAACUUCUUUCAAGCUCAGUAUGACGAGUCUGUCCCUGCACUACAUAAGCAGUUGGGAAUCUCUGCUUGAAGUACUUUUGAACCGUAAUUGCUAAUACAUUUUGUCAAGUAUA